AUGGCACCACCUGUGUUUAAUGGUGAUAACUAUCAGAUUUGGGAUGUAAGGAUGAAAACUUAUCUAGAUGCCAUGGAUAUGUGGGAGACAGUUGAAGAGGAUUAUGAAAUUCCUCCAUUGCCUGACAAUCCAACUAUAGCCCAGAUCAAGAACCAUAAAGACAAAAAGACCAGAAAAUCAAAGGCAAAAGCCUCCAAAGACAUAUGGGAUUAUCUCAAGUUAGAAUACGAAGGGGAUGAGAGGAUCAGCGGUAUGCAAGUUUUGAAUCUUAUAAGAGAUUUUGAGAUGCAGAAGAUGAAAGAAACCGAAACCAUAAAAGAUUACUCUGAAAGGCUCUUGAACAUAGCAAAUAGAGUAAGAUUACUUGGUUCCGUAUUUAAUGAUUAUCGUAUUGUUGAAAAAUUCUGGCUCAAGAAUAAUGAAAGGUCAUGA